AUAUAGCUUUGUCUGCUUCAAUCUAUAACCUCACAGUGGUAUCAGAGCAUCUACUGCUCUUACGAGUCUCGAUCAUGGCCACUCCCGAUGAAUCCCCAAACUCUGCUACAUCCAAGACCUCCCCAAACUCUGCUGCAACUGUUCUCAAUCUUGGACUCACCAAAAAUCCAUUAUCUUUCAAUUCCGCUGCAUUCCCUGUAAAGCUAAUGCCCACCAACUAUAUGUCUUGGAGGGCUCAAUUUACUUCUUUGCUUGCAGGUUAUGAACUCGAUGGCUACCUUGAUGGCAGGAACCCCUAUCCAGUUGCAACCGCACUAGAGUACAGCUUAUGGGCUCGUCAAGAUCAACUCUUGCGACAUGCUCUUAUCACCUCCGUCUCGGAGAACAUUACCCCUUAUAUUGCAGCUGCUGCCACAGCACAACAGGCAUGGGAAACAUUAGCGAGGCUCUAUGCUAAUCGCUCUCGAAGUCGGGUGAUCACUUUAAAGGAACGUCUCCAAAACAUGAGACGUGAUGGCCGGUCUGUUGCAGAUUAUUUAAGAAAUCUCAAGACUGUUGUUGAUGAAUUGGGAACCAUUGAUCGUCCACUCAACGAUGAUGAUCUUACAGUUUAUAUUCUCAAUGGCCUUGGCCUUGAGUUUCGGGAGAUUGCAGCUUCUCUCCGAGCACGGGACUCCUCUCUUUCCUUUGAUGACUUGCAUGACAGAUUGGUUGCUCAUGAAGAAAGUCUCAAACGAGAAGAAGCCUGUCCUGAGAUCACACCGGUGACAGCGCAUUAUGCUGCUGCUUCCUUUCACUCCAAUAUUGAUUCCUCUUCUUCAUUGAGUGCAGAAACCUCUCAUUCUUCUCUUGGCCGCCACCCUCCACAAGGAUUCCGUGGCAAUCGGAAUGGGCAGAACUCUUCCAAUCGUGGCAAUCAAAAUCGGCGUCGCAAUUUUGGACCCAAACCCACCACUCGGCCCCCUCCUUCUGGUUGCCAGCUGUGUGGUCGUGCAGGCCACUUUGCUCGAAAUUGCCCCAGCUACCGUGUGCAAGCUCUUGGGCCCAUGGCAAAUUUGGCCUCCUCCUCUGCUGCUUUUUCUGAGGACUGCCUAUUGGAUUCUGGUGCCAACAACCAUGUGACCACUGACUUGGCUAACUUGGCAUUGCAUUCUGAAUACAAUGGUCCUGAUGAACUCCAUAUUGGUGAUGGAACAGGAUAUUCUAUAGAUAACUUGGGUUACAAAUGCUUGGAUUUGAGUUCUCGAAAAUUGUUUUUCUCCCGCCAUGUGGUGUUUGACGAGUCUACCUUUCCUCACAAAUCUCCGUCCACUGUCCCUAUUUUACCCUCUACCUUUUUACAUGCCAAUGAGUCGUCCUCUACCUCUACCUCUGGUCCUGAUCUUAGUAAUUCGCCAUCGUCACUUGCCUCUCCUACUGGUGCUCCCCAUGAAUUGGUGGCUCAAGAGGUGCCUCUUCCUGCAGCUUCUCCUUCAUCAAUCCCAUCACCGAUUUCGGUACCAGCCCACCUACCCGCCCAGUCCAACUCCCCCAGCCCCACAUCCUCCGCUCAUUCCACUCCUCAUCACACCUCCUUAUCCCCAGUCCAAGUCUCAAAACCUUCCCCUUCCCCAACCCAAGCCCCAAGUAGUGUGGCUCGCCCAAAUCCUCCUACCCGGCUACACCACAUGCGCACUCGCUCCUUGAAUAACAUUUUUAAACCCAAAAUCCUUUUCCAAGCUGUGUCCCAGUGUCCUGCACCUCUAAGUGAACCCACUUGUGUGACACAAGCUCUGAAAGAUCCCAAUUGGAGACGGGCUAUGUCUGAAGAAUUUAGUGCUCUUGUGCGUCAAGGUACGUGGGAACUUGUUCCUCCAUCUCCUAAUCAUCAUUUAAUCGGUUGUAAAUGGGUGUUUCCUUUAAAACGAGCUAAGGAUGGUAGUAUUGAGCGUUAUAAGGCUCGAUUGGUUGCCAAAGGUUUUCAUCAACGUCCGGGAUCUGACUAUUUCAACACAUUUAGUCCUGUUAUUAAACCUACUACUAUUCGUACUGUUUUAUCUAUUGCAGUAAGCCAGCAGUGGGUUAUCCGGCAAUUGGAUAUUAAUAAUGCCUUUUUACAUGGUCAUCUUGAGGAACAAUUGUUUAUGAAGCAACCGGCAGGGUUUGUUGAUCCUCGUUUCCCUCAGCAUGUGUGCAAAUUGUGGAAGUCUAUAUAUGGCUUGAAGCAAGCUCCCCGAGCAUGGUUUAAUGAGCUUAAAAGUUUUAUUAUCUCUCAAGGCUUUUCUCAAUCUAAGUCAGACUCGUCUCUUUUUAUUCUUCACAAAGGGUCUACUUGGAUUUACUUUCUUGUCUAUGUUGAUGAUAUUAUAAUUACAGGAAGUGACUCUUCAGCUGUUCAGUCUCUUAUUCAGAUCAUGGGAGCUCGCUUCUCUUUAAAGGAUUUGGGGCCUCUCAAUUUUUUUCUCGGUGUUGAAGCAAUUCCCACUGCUGCUGGUCUUUUCUUAUCCCAACAUCGGUACGUUACUGAUCUUCUCCAGCAGUAUAACAUGCAUGAGGCCAAGCCUGUGCCCACCCCUCUUGCUGCUUCCACUUCGUUGCAUCUUGGUUCUGGUUCACCUCUUUCUGAUGGUUCUAUUUACCGGUGGCUUCUUGGCUCCCUGCAAUAUCUUGCUCUCACUCGUCCGGAUCUCUGCUUUGCCGUGAAUAAGCUAUCUCAAUUUAUGCAUCAGCCCACUGAUGCUCACUGGCAGGCGGCUAAACGUGUUCUUCGCUACUUGCAAGGGACCCGAUUUCAUGGGGUGUUGUUACAACCUCAGAGUGCUCUAUCCUUACAUGCUUACUCCGAUGCCGACUGGGCUGGCGAUCGCUCUACCUGUGUUAGUACCACUGGUUAUUUGGUCUUCUUGGGCUCGAAUCCCAUUUCUUGGCGCGCUACCAAACAGAAGGCCGUCGCUCGAAGCUCCACAGAGGCUGAAUAUCGCGCCUUGGCAUCUGCUGCUUCUGAACUGCUUGCUGAUGGCCUUACCAAGGCCCUGUCCACUGCUCGCUUCUCCAGUUUGCGUUCCAAGAUUGGUGUUGCUGAUGGCACCUCCAUCUUGCGGGGGCGUGUUAAGGCAACUGCAUCUCCAGCUAUUACCACGAGUAUAGUUUUAUCUUCUGGUUCAGGUGACUUUUCAUGCACGUUAGAGGCUGAACAAGCAAUUCCUGUGUUGAAGAAAGCAUACGGAGAUAUCAUGCAUAAAGUUUUGCAUGUUGGUCCUGACACUUGUUCAGUAGCUUCUAAAUUGUUAAAAGAUGAAACUGCAGCUUGGGGUGUUGAACCAUACGACAAGGAGGAUGCUGAUACUAAGUGCAAAGGACUGGGGUGGCCCAAAUCAUUUCCUCUUGUAAUUGUGUCAGAUGCACUGGAUUACUUGUCUCUGAGGGACCUUAACAAGACACUUCCAGAUUUGGCCAGGGUAUCAACUGAUGGUAUUGUGAUAUUUACAGGUUCCCCAGGUCAGCAGGGAGCUAAAGCUGCAGAAGUCUCCAAAUUUGGGAAGGUGAAGACCAAAUUGAGGAGCUCAACUUGGUGAGUACGGUAUGUUGGGCGGGCCAACUUAGAAGAAAAUGGAGCUGCGGCUAAGAAUUUUGAGCAGGCUUCAACGCAGAUGUCAUAUAGCCCAAGUUGCCGAAUCUUUCACCUCAAGUCAUUCCACUGACUUCUGCACAUGGUUUCUUCAUUAUUUUUGGAGUCCCUAAUGCUGCUAAAUCCAAUGUCCCUUCAGCCCUCUUCUCAAUCACAUCCUCUCAAAGGUUUUACAUCAUUUUGUUACAGAAGGGCCUUUUAUCCUUCAUAUUGGCCUGUUUUUUUGAAUUCCAUCCACAUUAAGAUUUGUAUUCUUUGAAUAAUAUUCAUAAUUUUUU